AUGUUGUCGCAACCCCAAACCGAUGUCAAUGCUCUGUUGCACAACAUGCGUGCACAGAUCUCGGCAUUAACCACACAACUCACCGAGCUGCAGGCGCACCCUCCUGCAGCAACCCCCUCGGUUGAGAAGAAGUUUAACAAGAAAGUUGAAGUCGUUGCUGACCCUGGUGCCUUUGAAGGAGAUAGAGCGCGAUACACCGAAUGGUGGAUCAAACUUCAAAUUUGGGUCAAGGCAAACUGGGAUGUGUUUGCUGAUGACUUUGAGGUAGCCACUGCGGUGCUAUCUCGAUUAAAAGGACCUGUGGUGGGUCAAUACGCCCAAGUUAGAAUGCAGGAGUGCUACACCGUGGGAGUGUGGCCCACCUGGGACAAUCUCAAAGUAGAGAUCGAGAAAUAUUUCAAACCGCAAGCUGAGCGUGACUGGGCGUGUCAGCAAAUCUGUUCCUUUAAACAAGGAAACAUGAGGACAGAUGAUUUUGUAACCUGGUUCCUGGCCCUCUCCAUCCAAGGGGGCUUAGGUAAUAAACACGCAGUAGAACUGCUGGAACGCAAUGUGAACCCCCACAUUGCAGAACAGCUCUAUCUGCAGGAUAUGAGAAGUGAGAACCUCUCUCAAGCAGCAGAGGAGAUUAGAAAGAUUGGUAGGGCCAUAGAGCUCUACAAAAUGUACCAAGGUGGCGGGUCCACCAACAAAAACAAUUUUUCCCAGAGGAGCCCUGGGUCAUCAAACCAACAUAAAAAUCACUCUCACGUGUUCCAACCAUACGGGUUGCAACCAGGGCGGGGUGCUCCAAUGGAUAUCGGCGCGGUCCAGGGCGGACAGAAGCACAGAUUCACCUGCUUUAGCUGUGGGCAGGAGGGGCACAUGGCCCAACAGUGUCAAAACGGAGUGUGGGCCGCUCAAAAUAACCAAAGGCACCAGGCACGCCAAUUAGAAACCAAAAAACCGGACAAUCGGCUCAACACUCUGGCCGGUCGAUCCUAUGAUGGAAUCCGGGCCUUCUUCUAUGACCAACAGGUCAACAAAAUUAAAGCCCAGGGAAAAGAGUUUGGAGCUUAG